AAUGAAAAACGAUAGUUGUCAAAAUUAGACUGAUAAUCAGCUGCAGGAAUAAAUAAAAUUAUGACUUCCUAUUCAAAAUAAAAACAAGUCCUCAUAGUCUCCCAAGUACAUCUAAAUUAUGCUUAGAAAAAAUAGUACUAGAUUAGUCAAACACGUCUUGAGAACGUUGCACACUUCGUCCGUGGCUUAUGCUAACCAUUAUGAAGUCCUAGGAGUCACACCAAGGUCCACACAGACUGAUAUAAAAUCAGCAUAUUACAAAUUGUCCAAAUUAUAUCACCCAGACAAAUCCAGUGAUGAUGCAUCAGCUAAGAAAUUCCGGGCAAUAACAGAGGCAUAUGAAGUAUUAGGAAAUGUAAAACUGAAGAAAAUGUAUGACAAGGGUCUACUGACACGAGAGAGUCCUCACAGGCAUACAGAGUACCGUCCUGAGCCAGAACCAACAGACCCUACCCUCAAGUUCUACAAGUCUCGCGCUUCAAGGCAUGUUACUCCGACCAUGGAUGGGAAAGUGCCAAUUUACGACUUUGAUUCUUGGUCAAAAAACCAUUAUGGAGAUGUCUUCAAAAAAUCACAAUACGAUAAAGAAAUAUUAAGAAAGAAACGAGAGAAGCAAAUGGAUGCAGUGCAUUCCAACCGUCAAGAAGCAACUAUUUAUAUUAUAUUUGCACUCACUGGACUUUUCUUUGCUUUGGUGAUGCGUGGAAAGUCAGAUUAUGACGUGGACAGGACGCGCAAACUAGAAAGUACACCAGUUAGCACUGCAGAGAAAUCUGAGUCUUCAUAGUAAAAUUUAUAGGGCAGUUUAUACGGGUAUUGGCUCAUGGCACACAGUAUGCGAUUCACACGGUCAUCAGCAUCAUUCAGAAAUUUGAUCAUCGCUGUAAUUCGCGCAAGGUGUUGUUUCACUCAAACUUUGGAACGAUUUGUGAAUCGAAUCUUAUGUGCUAUCCUAUAAAGUAAUAUGAAAUGAAACAUGUUCACUCCUUAUCUUACAUAGGUUUGUUGUAGAAAGAACUGGGCUUUUUUAAAGAAUACCCUAUUGCAUUUGCAAUAGAGCCUACUGCAUACAACUUCCUGUAACGAUGCGGCUGCUCUCCGCAGAAAAAUUAAUAUAGAAACUCAUUUUUGCAUUCUUCCAGCAAAACAUCCCAUUUUUAACCCCCGACGGGGUGUUAUAAGUUUGACGUGUCUGUCUGUCUGUCUGUUUGUCUGUGUGUGUGUGUCUGUCUGUGGCAUCGUAGCUCCCGAACGGAUGAACCGAUUUCGAUUUAGUUU